AUGACAGCUAGACCACCACGCGAAGAUCCGUUUGGCCAGCGAUUCCUACGUGAUGAAGAGACUGUCUUUGACUACAAUGCUUGGGAUGGAGUUGAUUUUCCGGAAGAGAAGUUGGCCGAAGUUGAAAAGACAUUAGAAACACAAAAGGAAGCUGCUGUAGAUCAAGAACUAGCUGACGAAUUAAGGAAGGAUGCUCACGGAAAAUGGGAUUCUUUUUAUGAAACACACAGCGACAAGUUCUUCAAAGAUAGGAAAUGGUUAACUCGAGAGUUUCCGGAGGUUUUUCAAUCAACGGUAAGGUUUUUAAUUGUUUUUACUUGAGUUUAGGUAAAAUGGGGAAAUUUCCUAUAAAUCUGCCAAGAGAAAUCGUUAAUUAUCAUUAACAUUUACUUUUUUCAGGGUAAUAUACGUUGUCUGGACGUUGGCUGUGGAGUAGGAAACACGACAUUUCCUUUGUUGGCCGCAAACCCCAAUCUGUUUAUGUUUUCUUGUGAUUUCUCAGCCAAUGCCAUUCAAAUUCUACGAAAUUCAGAAGAGUUUAGCGCUGAUAGGUGUUCACCAUUUGUUUGGGAUAUAACUGACCCUUCAACAAAAAUACCGGUCGAUGAAGGCAGCCUAGAUUACAUCUUCUGCGUCUAUGUGUUAUCAGCGUUACCUCCAGAGAAAGUGGAGAAUGGUAUAAACAAUCUAGUCCGUUUAUUGAAGCCAGGAGGAAUGCUAUGUGUAAAAGACUAUGGACGACAUGAUUUGACUCAAUUAAGGUUUAAAAAGCAGCGAUACAUUGAUGACAACUUCUAUUGUCGUGGAGAUGGUACUUUGGUUUACUUUUUUACUCAAGAUGAACUACAUGAGUUGUUCGAGAAGGCUGGACUGGAUAAAGUAGAAAAUUGGGUGGAUAAACGGCUGGUCGUGAACAGAGCUAAGAAAGUGACAAUGUACAGAAGAUGGAUGCAAUGUAAAUAUAAAAAGCCUGAUUGUUAA